AUGUGCCUAGUUCACCUGGGGCUUUUCUUGCUGGCUCUCAGUAUCCUCUCUUCUCAGGUAAGAUGCCUCCUUUAUUUUGUCGUUUUUGUGGACUUCGACAAAGGCGAAGGUGGAUGGACUUGUAGAGGUUGUAAACUAAAUACUGUAGAGCCAUAUUGUCUCCUUUAACAUUGCAUUAUGUAACAGGUGUUUUUAAUUUCUAAUCGAAUUAAUAGCAAGAGGCGUGUGUAUUUCGUGUGUCUAAUGCCAGGAGAAAAGUACUCUUCCCGACAAAAUGUUGCCCAGUGACCGAUUAUUAGAGUAAUUAGACAUUGAGUGAGGGGCAGGCAAUAUAAGAUGUAUCUUCCAACCAGUGAAUAAGAAAUGUUGUGAUUUGAGAUGAUAUUGGUAAGUUGUGAAAUUGCCUUGGUUAGAAUAAAUAAAAAGGGCAAUUAAUGAUAAAAGUGGAAUCAUUUAGGUUUUUUUUUUUUUUCUCGUAAAUUAAGGUUUCAGCUUUCAUGCGUGAAAAGUCAGAAAAAAUUGAACAUUGAUUUGGCUUUUUAAAUUUUUAAAAACUUUUAAAAGUUUUUUUUUUUGUUUUUUUGUUUUUUUUUUCUUCGGAUUUCAGUUUCCUUUUUAAUGGCAUCAACCUGCUUUCAACUGCAGGCAGGUGACAUGCCUGCUCCACUCCCGGGUAUUUACGCACGGGUUUCUGUCAGCUCAUUGCUCCUUAUCGUUCCCUCCUCGUUAUUUAAGUACAAAGCCGUCUUAGCCUGCCUGUUAAAACAUUUAUAUGGUGUCUUUGCAGAUGGUCCAGGCUCAGAACGCCACGGAAGCCCCUAUGCUAAACACUACCAAGCCAAACAACACCAUGACGACUCUCGCCGUGGACGUAACCGAGAAAGGCAAGAGUAGCUGCGGUCGGACCGAUGCCUUCACGCUGCUGCUUCCUCUGGCCCUGGGAGCCUCUCUUCUCCACAGCUGGUCCUAA